AUGCUCCUAACUGGUAAUAGUUCCUUCUGUGCGGUCCGCCUAAAUGCGUUCCCUUUGACUAGAACGCUCUUCACUACCCCAAGAUGUCAAUCGUGGUUCUCGAAACUAAUUUACCCUCCAGCGUCGACUACUGGAGCUUCUAGUUACGCUGAAGUAAAUAUUAAUGGUCCAAAUAAAUGCUUUUUACCGAUUAGAAACUACGAGGAACUCAAUGAGACCCUAUUAUACAGUCACACUACGCCUUUAAUACUCAAUUUUACAUUCCGCGGCCAUCAGAAGGCAGAUGAACUUACAGGUGCACUGAACAAGAUAGUCUUGUAUGAGACUGAAAGGAGGAUUAACAUAUGCGAUGUCGAAAUGGAUUUUAUUAAUAAUCGCGAAGGUGUUAUGAGGUUCGGUGUAACAGAGAUUCCCACUCUGGUCUCUGUGCGAAAAACCUUGCCUGUGGACUACUUUUGUCUGUCCGCACAGAAUGGUUAUGUGAAUUGGCUCCAACUAAAAGCUUGGAUAGAAAAGAAUGCUGACAAGCCCUGA